CUUGCAUGGUGAGGGAACCGAGGGGGAGAAAGAAAACGCAGCGGACAAAACACAAUGGCGACAGGGGCGACUGCAGCAGGCGGGACGGGCUCAGGCGGGCCGGCAGCCGGCCCGGUCAGCGGCGGCACCGCAGUGGGACGGAAGAAAGAUGGGGGCCCGUCCUCGAAAUUUUGGGAGAGCUCAGAAACCGUAUCCCAGCUGGAGACGGUGCGGCUGUGGAUCGGGAAGCACUACAAAAAGUAUGUUCAGAACGACUCCCCCUCCAGUAAGACACUGGCUGGCCUGGUGGUACAGCUGCUCCAGUUCCAGGAGGAUGCCUUCGGACGCAGAGUCAACAACCCUGCCCUCACCAAGCUGCCUGCCAAGAGUUUCCUGGAUUUCAAGGCAGGAGGUGCUCUCUGUCACAUCCUGGGGUCGGUCUACAAGUUCAAGAGUGAGCAGGGCUGGCGUCGGUUCGACCUGCAGAACCCCUCCCGGAUGGACCGCAAUGUGGAGAUGUUCUUAAAUGUAGAGAAGACCCUGGUUCAGAAUAACUGUCUGACUCGGCCUACCGUCUUCCUGUCAUCAGACAUCGAGCAGAAACAGGCCAAUAAGCUCAAAGACAUCAUCAAGAGGCACCAGGGCUCCAUCACUGAGGAUAAGUCCAAGGCCACCCACCACAUCUACCCCUCUCCAUCCCAACAAGAGGACGAGGAGUGGCUACGUCCUGUCAUGAGGAAGGACAAGCAGGUGUUGGUGCACUGGGGUCUUUACCCUGACAGCUACGAUACCUGGGUGUCAGCCAGCGAGGUGGACGGCGAUGUGGAGGACCCGCCGAGCUCCGAGAGGCCUUGGAAGGUCCAUGCUAAGUGGGUUUUGGACACAGACGCUUUCAAUGAGUGGAUGAAUGAGGAAGAUUAUGAGGUGGACGAGAACAAGAAGCCGGUCAGCUUCCGCCAGAGGAUCUUCCCCAGAGAGGAGGAGUCUUCCCGUACACCCGAUCGCAAGGAGCGCAAGGCCAACUCCGCCGGCAAGAAGAGGAGGCGCUCGCCCUCGCCGCCCAGCACCCCUGCCGAGUCCCGCAAGAAGGGAGGCAAGAAGGGGAACCCGGGGCCUUACUGGAAGCGACGGGGCCACCGAGGCGAGGAGGAGGACACGGAGGAGGACCUCACCAAGGACAUGGACGACUCCUCAGCUGGCGCCGGCAUGGAGGAGGGCAGCACGACCAAGAACGCAAAUUCAAAGAAAGACAGUGAGAAUACCCCGGUGAAAGGAGGGAAUGUGGCCGAUUUGGAUGACAUGGAGGAUGACUCUGUGCUUUCUGGUGGCAAGGAGGACGAGGAGCAGGGCAAGACUGAAGCCAACCGGCUGAUAGACACCAGCGAGGACAAUGUGACCGAGCAGACCCACCACAUCAUCAUCCCCAGCUAUGCUGCCUGGUUUGACUACAACUGUAUCCAUGAGAUUGAGAGACGAGCCCUGCCCGAGUUCUUCAAUGGAAAGAACAAGUCCAAAUCUCCAGAGAUAUACCUGGCGUACCGUAACUUCAUGAUCGACACUUAUCGGCUAAACCCUCAGGAGUAUCUCACCUCCACCUCCUGCCGCCGCAACCUGACCGGGGAUGUCUGCGCUGUCAUGAGGGUUCAUGCAUUCCUGGAGCAGUGGGGUUUGGUGAAUUACCAGGUUGAUGCUGAGAGUCGCCCGUUACCAAUGGGCCCCCCACCAACCCCCCACUUCAACGUGCUGGCCGACACGCCUUCUGGCCUCAUGCCUCUUCACCACCGACCUGCACAGAUGCCCCCUGCUCAGCCGAUGCUCAACUUUCCAGAGAAAGGCAAAGAAAAACCAACAGACAUGCAGAACUUCGGCCUGCGUCCCGACCUCUACGCCAAGAAAAACCACAAGGGCAAAGGAGCAAGCUCCACCAGGGAAUGGACUGAACAGGAGACUCUGCUGCUGCUGGAGGCCCUGGAAAUGUACAAAGAUGACUGGAACAAAGUGUCAGAACAUGUGGGCUCACGGACCCAAGACGAGUGCAUCCUGCACUUCCUGCGGCUGCCCAUCGAAGAUCCGUACCUUGAGAGCAAUGAGGCCACACUGGGACCGCUGGCCUACCAGCCCAUACCCUUCAGCCAGUCCGGCAACCCCGUCAUGAGCACUGUGGCCUUCUUGGCCUCUGUUGUCGACCCCAGAGUGGCGUCUGCUGCAGCCAAGGCAGCCCUGGAGGAGUUCUCUCGUGUGCGGGAGGAGGUGCCAGCAGAGCUUGUGGAGGCUCACGUCAAGAAGGUGCAGGAGGCAGCUAGGAGCACCGGCAAGGUGGACCCUGCCUUCGGCCUGGAGAGCAGCGGCAUCGCCGGUACGGCCCCUGAGGAGCCUGAAAAGACCGACACCACAGAGGCAGAGAAGAUGGACACAGACUCAGACUCUCAGCAGGGCGAUAAGGCGGAGUCGAAGGACGAGGCGGAGAAGCCCAGUGAGUCGGCGGAGAAAGGCGAAAAGACGGAGGGAGGAGAGAAGGUGAAGAAGGAGGGAGCCGAGGUGUCGGAGCGCGAGGAGGGAGACGCCGAGGGAGGAGAGCCCAAGACGACUGCAGCAGAUAAAGACAAGGAGGAGGCCAUGGAGACGUCGUCCUCAGAGCAAGAGAAGGAAAAGGAGGAUAAGGGAGCAGCAGAGGAGGGAGAGGACAAGAGGAAGAAGCUGGAGCUUGAUGUCGGAGAGGGAAACAUCGCCACUGCAGCUGCCGCCGCCCUGGCAUCUGCUGCUACCAAGGCCAAGCACUUGGCAGCGGUGGAGGAGAGGAAGAUCAAGUCCCUGGUGGCCCUGCUGGUGGAGACGCAGAUGAAGAAGCUGGAGAUCAAGCUGAGGCACUUCGAGGAGCUGGAGACCAUCAUGGACCGCGAGAAAGAGGCUUUGGAGCUCCAGAGGCAGCAGCUGCUGACAGAGCGCCAGGCCUUCCACAUGGAGCAGCUGAAGUACGCUGAGAUGAAGGCAAGGCAGCAGAUGGAGCAGCAAGCCGCCGCCGCCGCCGCUGCUGCUGCUGCCGCCGCCGCCCAGGCUCAAGGACAAGGGCAGGCCCCCGGUCCCGUCCCCGGACCCCACCAUGGGCCCCCUCCCCCACCCAUGCAUCACGGAGGACCGCCACCUCACCAUGGAGGACCGCCACCUGGUGCUGCCAUGCAUCCCGGCUACCCCCCGAUGGGCCACCACCCCAUGGCCCCUCACCACCCAGGACAGACAGGACCAAUGGGACCAGGCCAGCCAAUGCCAGGACGCAUGAUGCCUGUCCCGCCCCCUGGUGGCCCCCCUCCCGGCAGCAUGCCCCCUAUGAUGGCCCCCCGCCACCCUGGAGCUCCCAACGGCAUGUUCCCUGGCCCACCACCUGCACAGCCUGAUGGGAUAGCUCCAGCACCUGUGGGUCCUCCAGCGCCCCCCAGUGGACGGGUGGCAGACAACUAAGAUCUUCACGCACACACACACUUAUACACACACACACAUGCACACACACACUAACUCAGAUCUCUGAAUCUCAGCCCCUCUGCUACUGUUUUGGUAUUUUCCCUUCAACUCCCAAAACUACCAUAGGCUUCGUCACAGCACACACUCAUACACACGCACACACACACACACACUCAGGGCUCAAUGGCAAGGGUGACCCAAGCUUACACACACAUACACACACAAAUACACACACACACACACUUCCUCUCAGGGCACAGCGGCAAGGGUCGUGUAGUAAUAAACACUGUUUUCUGCUUCUGACUGGUAUGACUAACUGUAUUUAAAUAAUUAGGAGACAGAACAAGGUGGCAGAGUCUCUCACCCCCCACCCCCACACCCCACACCCUCCCCUCCCCUGUGCUGUCUGUUUUCAAUGACACUGUAGCCACCUCCCUUCCUUAUUUAACACACACACCUCUCUUUCUCUGGUGCCUCUUUCCCCAUCCAAACACUAGGGGGAGCUAGUCAGAACAGAGGGCCAGUUAGACUUUCAGGGACGUGUGUGGUGUGUAACUUCAGCCGUAACACACACAAAUAAACACACACACAGAGGGGACCUAGACUGCCCUCACACUCUUGUCUCGCCGAGUAUCUACCUCUCGCUCCUCUUGAAAUGAUACACUGUAGUUCUGUGUGUGUGCGUGUGUGCGUGUGUGUGUGUGUGUCUGUGUGUUUUGGGGGCAGAGGGGUGUGUGAUGACUAUUUGGCCUCUCUGUGUCCCGGGUUGGACCAUCAGUGGAUUGUGCACCCAAACUACCCAUGAUUCCUCCUUAGGCCCCUGCAUUCCCCUGCCAUGUACACACACACACAUACACACACACACAUAAAUACACAACCCUAGCCAGGCGUAGCACUGUAACAUACACAUACACACAAGCUAAGCUGGAUGCUCACACUGGAGGCUGCUUGCUAACACCAACUUAGCUAGACCCUGCCGCGAUGCACUGGACUACCACACACACCCACACACACACACACACACACACACACAAUCUCCUGCUGACCUUCAAACAGUCUUUACAGAGCGAGAAGCGGCGAUGAACACACACGCUCUUCCUCAGCGCGGUGGGCUUCUAGCUGUUUUAGGUGCUGAAAUUGUAGCCGCUAGGCCCCGCCCCCACUCGCUGCCCCGCCCCCUCCCGUCCCAGUCCCAAUGCCUAGUACUGCCUACCUCGCUACAGCUCCGCCCCCCUCACUGCCCCAAUGCCUCACACACACACACAUUUUGCUUUCUGGCCACAAGCCACAAUCAAACUUUACACUGCCUUCAUCCCUGUGUAUUAACCUGUGGGAAAAGCACAGUCAGUACACAGUAAUACUGCGCUGGGAAAAAUCUAAAUAACAAAUAAUGUACUUAAAAAGGAUGUAACAAUACAGUAACAAGGAGAAACGAUUAAGUUUUACACAGUUGUACCCUAGAAACCCAUGUCAUCUUUCACACCUCGGUUUGUCUUUGGGCUGAUGCACAUUACAGUUGUGAAAUUUUGCUGUAACAAAUUUCAGUUCAGUUUACUUUCACCAGUUUAAAAAUUUAAAUUUAAAGUGUCAGUCUCGCCCUUUUAUUCUGAAAUGUGUCUUAAAAAAAAAAAAAAAAAAAAAACAACUUUGAAUCAUUUAUAAUUAAUGUAUCAGUGCAGUCAAUGGAUCUUUACACCACUGAUGCACAUUUGUUGCUUUUCAACAACAUAUUUAUUAUGUGUUCUGUUUAACGUAUUGAAAGGUAACACAGAUACAUGUUGUCCUGAAGAAGACACACCUGUUGAAAAGGCAUAUCAUUUUUUUUUUUUUAGAGUGCUAGUACUCACAUUUCAGUGAUGUGAAGCUAAAUAAAAAGGUGGGACACAACCACUAGUGUGAAACCAGCGUUUAGGUUUUGCUUUGCCUUGCUCUUAAGUCACUUUGAUAUUCAUUUGUAAUGGACUUAACUUUGAACAUCGGUAGAUUUGUGUCUAUUUUGAAAAUGGAAAGCUGUGUAACGAGUUUUUCGAAGCAGAUUCCUGUUUGUACUGUGUUGUUCUUCCAGUGCUAAGUAGUAGUAGUAGUCGUCGUCGUCGUCGCCGUCUUCCUGAGGUACUACCACAGUAUUACUGCGUGCUCACGGUGCGUUUCCAGAUGUGAUUGUGGAGUAAGGCAGGUGCAAAGUGAAGUCUUAAGCCCGACCCGCUCCCUCUUCUUCGCUAGCACUGUUAGUAUCUCUCUGCUACCUCUUCCUCAUUCACCCACUAGCUACCUCUUACUAGAAAUCUUCCUCUCGCUGUCUGCUACCUCUGCGCACCCCUUCGCUACCUCUAGCUGCCCCCCUCCCUCCUUUUUUCCACCCGUCUUUUUAUUUCCUUUUUCCUGCCCACAUGACUGCUGCAUCUCCGACUGUUGCCUUCUUCCCCGAGUCCCAAGGGGGGAAGAUAAUAACAUCAUAACAAGAAAAUAACAUCCACAUAUAUACAUAUAUAUAUAUAUUCGCACACAAUACAACACACACGCACACACAUUGUCAUUCACUCACACUCUUGUUCGCCCCCCCUCCCUUCCCCAUUCGAGAUCUUUCCAGGCUGUUAUAUAUUAAAUCACACAAAAAUGUUGGGAAUUCCCUUACAUAUAUAAUCUUUCAUUGCUACUUUUUUGUGUUCAUGGUAAUGUAUUUUUAAGAAUAAACUUUGUGUAGAUGGAAGUUAUCUUUGUUCUUUGGAAGUUUGUAGCGAUUGUUUUUUUUUUUUUUCUUUUUUUUUUCUUUUGUAUGGGGGUCUGUUGGUACUUGGACCUAGACACUGUCAAAUAAACUGUUUUUUGUAUGAGG